UUGCGCGAAGUCGACCGGAAGCCUCAGCUGAUGAUCUGAAGGACCUGGAACACAGUAAUCUAACGACUCUUUUUCGUGAUCUGGAGCGAGAAUGUGCAUCGCUGCGUGUCUCUCUCGAGGCUGCCCGCGGACAGAGCGCGGAGUAUCAGAAGUUGGCCAAUGAGAUGGAGGAACAUAUUGCUACGCUCAGCAAGGAACGUGACGAACUCGAAAAGACAUUCACCACCGAAGCUGAGGAGCGCAAUCAACGCUGCGAGUUCCUUGAACUCCAACUGAAUCUGGAGAGGAUGGAACGCCAGGACGUAGUGAACGAGAAUGUUCGUCUGAGCGAAGAGCUGAACAAGCUGCGCACUGAUCUGCGUGCAGAGCUGGCUGUCGCACGUACCGAUCUCACCGCGGCCAUUGAGCGUCGGGACGCGGCCCUGGAAUUUGAAAACAAGGCUCGCUCGGAAAUCGAAACCCACGAAAAGACGGCUCGUGAGGCCAGAGAGAAGUACGAGAUGGAACUAAAACUGCACGCCGAAGAUGUCCAGUUGCUGACGGAAGCUAGGAAGGUCUCGUCUGGUGCCUUAUCUGAAAUAAACGCCCUGAAGGCCGAACUCGAGGCGUCACGAGCUCGGCUGAAGGAUGCGAACUCAAGUAUCGAAGCCCAAGUGAGUCUCUGGGACGAGGAGCGUGCUAAACUGAGUGCAAAACUCAACGAGUCCAACGCUGAGGUUGAUCGCCUGCAAGAACAGAUUCUCAAGAAGAUCUCCAUCUCUUGCCCCCUUUCGCCUAUACUGUUUGUGAUUGUGCAAAAGAGGCUUCUGCUAAGCAGUGCGCAGUUGGCCAACCGUAGUUGGCCUCCAAAUCGUGUUAACGAUCGGCUUCUGUAUCCACUUAAGUUGACUGAACAACUCAAUGGCUUGCGCAAACUGUUUGAGCAGUCGACCUCGGACACAAUCGUGGCUGAGCAAUUUACCAACCAAAUUCAGGCCUCGGAGGACUUCGCACAGAUCCUAGAGUACCUCAGGCGUCAAAAGUCAAUUGCAGAGGCGGCAGAAGAGACGGCCAACGCCGAAGUCGCCCGCCUAACACUGCGUGUCAAGAGCCUCGAACGACAGGUCGGCGAACUGCAGACAAAACUGGCCGAGGAAAGGCGUAACAGUGAGGUGAAGGCAGAGACGUCGCGCCAACACGCCAACCUGAUGAACCAACUGGAACAGCUGAAUCUUCUUAGCGAGUCCAACCGUCUGCUCAGGCAGGAGAGGGAAACCGUGCGUGAGGCUGCGGCUCGCGCAGAAGCCCAGCUUGCCGCCCUGCGGGCUGACACUGAACCCAUGCGUAGCCAGUGCAAGAGCCUGGAGGACGCCCGUGAUCUCUUGAUCUCCGAGAAGAAGUCAUUGGAAGAGGAGCGGGACCGAUGGAAGGAACGAUGCACCCGUCUGGUGGAGACCACCAAGCGCAUGGACCCUGAGGAAUACAAACAAGCAUGCAACGAACGUGACGAGUUACAACGACGCCUGCGCUCUCUGGAGGACGCCAAGGUGGCUAGCGAACGUGAGGCUGAAGCUAAAGUGAGUGCGCUAGACGCUCGUAUUACGGAGCUGACGGCGAAAGUAGACCAGCUGGAGGCCCAGAAAAGAGUCAACGAUGUCCAAGUCUCCUCUCUAGAAUCACAGUGUAACACCCAGAAGGAAGAGUUGGAGAAGCGGCAGACAAAUAUCAUCAAAUUGCGUGAAAUUGCUCGAAAAUACCGCCACGAAACGGACGAGCUGCGCUCACGAAUUUCUAGUUCACAGGCCAAGGAGGCUACCAUGAAGACCGCUGAAGAGGCCGUGGCCUUGUCGGUGAUUAGCUCCAUUCAGACGGAACCCGACCAGCUGAUUGUCCCCAGCACCUCCUUCUCUGAGGCCGCUGCGUCAGCCCUCCAUGCCCGUCUAAAUCGCCUCCUCUCGCUCCUAGUGGCCGAACUCACCCAGCUGCGAGCUCAGGGCGAAGCCCAACGCGAGCGUCUACUUCGAAUGCAGUUGAUCGAGUCUCAACUCACCAAAUCUAAACGCGAGUGUGCCGACUUGAAGUCUCAACUGUCAGCUGCUAACACUCCCACGCCUCCACCAGCAACACAGUUGGCACCACCAGCCACGCUGUCUGAGGCCACAUCCUCCUCUGUAGUCCCCCAAGCAGCGUCAACUCUCGGUUUUGAAAUGACCCAAGACAUUGCCACCAACACCCAGCCAUUCCCUAUGGAUACCCCUGUCUGCACCACAUCCGUCUUUGGGGCCCAAACCACAACACCUGCCACCGUCUCCGCUGCCUCGCACUCUUGGAUUGCUAGGGCCGCGGCUACUGUUCAGCCCGUGCAGACGCCCUCACCGGUCCCUGCCACGCCGACUACGGCCGGAUCUCCUGGCCUGCUGCCUGGCAACCGUCAGACAGCUGAGAUCCGCCCCAUCACCAAUAAUGUGGCUACUGUGCUCCCAACACCCACCACUCCCGGCCCCGGCUGUGGUCUGUUUGCUGGACCCCCCACCUCGACGGCUCAGGAAGCGCCCGUGCCCAUGCAGUCCACUGUAACGGCCCUGCGUUUCCCCCAGCAACCGGGUAAUUUAAUUAUUACUUGUGCUUACUUGAUUUUUUUUUCCUGUCCACCCUUCCCCCUUGUUUGA